AUGAGCGAGGAGGACAAGAAGCCGUUUCUGGAUGCGAGCAGCCGCGACCGCGACCGGUACAAGCGCGAGAUGGCCAUCUACAAGCCGGCGCGCGACGAGUCGAAGCCGAAGCGCCCCGGCACCGCCUUCAUGCUCUUCAUGGUGGACUUUCGCAAGGAGAUGGCCGGCAAGGAGCCGGAGGGAGGCGUGGCGGCGCUGGCGAAGCUCGGCGGCGAGCGCUGGCGCAACAUGACCGAGGACGACAAGCGCCCCUACGUGGAGCGGCAGAACCAGGAGCGCGUCCGCUACGAGAGCAGCAUGGAGGACUACCGCCGCAAGGGCCAGCAGGCGAUUGCGGCGCAGGCGGGCGGCAGCGCCGAGGGCGGCAACGCCACCGCCGCCGGCGGCGGCAAGCGCGAGGAGGGCGAGAGCGGCGACUCGGACGCCAGCCUCCAGGCGCAGCAGGCGGCGGCGCAGCAGCAGGCGCAGCAGCAGGCGGUGGCGGCGGCCGCGGCGCAGCAGCAGAUUCACCUGGCGGCGCCCGCCACCACGGCGUACCUGCUGACCGGCAGCGGGGCGGUCUACUCGCAGAUACAGGCGCCCUACUCCUGGAACUGA